AUGUUUGAAGCACGACUAAACGCCAGCAACGUCCUUAAGAAGGUCCUGGACGCUAUCAAGGAUCUUCUGAACGAAGCCACAUUCGAUUGCAGUGAUUCCGGCAUUCAGUUGCAAGCGAUGGAUAACUCCCAUGUUUCUCUCGUGUCUCUAUCGCUACGCUCCGACGGAUUCGACAAAUACCGGUGCGACCGGAACUUGUCGAUGGGAAUGAACUUGGCUAACAUGGCCAAGAUCAUGAAGUGUGCAAACAACGAUGACACACUAACUAUGAAAGCGCAGGAUAAUGCUGACACUGUUACGUUCAUGUUCGAAUCACAUAACCAAGAAAAAGUGUCUGAUUAUGAAAUGAAACUAAUGAACCUAGAUCAAGAGCAUUUGGGCAUUCCGGAAACGGAUUAUGCUUGCGUCGUGCGUAUGCCAGCCAUGGAGUUUGCACGCAUCUGUCGUGAUUUGUCCCAGUUUGGCGAGUCUGUCGUCAUUUCGUGCACCAAGGAAGGUGUGAAAUUCUCCGCAUCUGGAGAUGCUGGCUCGGCUAACAUCAAGCUAGCACAAACUUCCACCGUAGAUAAGGAGGAAGAAUCGGUCAUCAUUGAAAUGCAAGAACCAGUUACACUUACCUUCGCUUGCCGCUAUCUGAACUCUUUUACCAAGGCAACGCCGCUGUGCAACCAAGUACAGCUGUCAAUGUCGGCUGAUGUGCCGCUGGUCGUUGAAUACCGAAUUCCCGACUUGGGCCACAUCCGCUACUAUCUCGCACCUAAGAUUGAAGACGAUGAGAAUUAA